AUGUUCUCUGAUCAUCUAUCUUUAUUCAGGGUAGGCUACAGAUGGAUUGUUGCCCUUGGCUGUUAUGCUGUGCUACUUAUAUCUGGUUUUAUUCAAGUUGGAUAUUACUAUUUCUAUUCCAGUCAAGUGCAUAGAGGCGUUGUUUAUGGUGAUCAACCGAGAAAUAGGCAUGAUCUGUAUCUGCCAAAAAACAUGAACGGGCCAAAACCAGUUGUUGCAUUUGUAACAGGUGGAGCAUGGAUCAUUGGCUACAAAGCUUGGGGUUCUCUUCUAGGGCAACAAUUGUCAGAAAGAGACAUCAUCGUGGCAUGCAUUGAUUACAGAAAUUUUCCUCAAGGAACAAUUAGUGACAUGGUUAAGGAUGCUUCUCAAGGUAUCUCCUUUAUUUGCAACAAGAUUGCUGAAUAUGGAGGUGAUCCUAACAGAAUUUACUUGAUGGGGCAAUCCGCUGGUGCACAUAUUGCUGCAUGUACUCUCUUGGAGCAGGCAAUCAAGGAGGCUGAUGCGGAACAGAGAGCUUCCUGGAGUGUCUCCCAAGUAAAGGCGUAUUUUGGUCUAUCUGGCGGGUAUAAUUUCCUUAAGCUUAUUGAUCACUUCCAUAGCCGAGGUUUGUACCGUUCAAUUUUGUUAAGCAUCAUGGAAGGGGAACAAGGUCUAAGAUGAUACUCACCAGAAGUAAUGGCACAGGACCCAAACGCUAAAAAUGCUGUUUCUCUUCUUCCUCCUAUUGUCCUUUUCCAUGGCACUGCAGAUUAUUCCAUUCCAUGUGAUUCCAGGUUUGAACCUCCCCUUUAUGUACUUAUUUACUGUUGCUAUAACUGCCCCGCGUACAAUUCAGUUACUAAAUAUAGAAAUGUGUUCUUUCUGGGAUUGACUAAAAUGGAAGGGUUUCACAUAAAUUGAGACGGAGGGAGUAACUUUUGAUGCUUAAUAGUUUCAAGCUCACCAUGAGUGGGAAUCUCUGGAAAGAGAUGAUUUAUUUUAGUUUGAUGACUAUUUGACUGGUCGAAGAUUUCCUUAGUAUAUGAUAAUUACUAACAGCAUUUCAUGUAGAGCCUUAAUAUUUGCUAAGCGUAAAACAUUGGUUGAGGAGAAUGAGUUAUUAUAUCUUUAUAUCGGUUGUUGCGCCUUCAUGUUAUGAUGUUAUAUUG